AUGGAAGAUGACUUGAUAGCUCACGAGCUCGAGAUUUUCUGGAUUGAAGUGGUCAUGAUCUACUCCUCCGCUUACCAGCAAUAUUUUGAGAUGGGGUUUUCCCUUAUGAUUGCACCAUACACACAAGCACAGAUUCUGCAAAGAUUGAAUGUGCACUUUGUUAUCCUUCGGUCAAAUUCAAUAGACGUCUACAAUCGUUCACGUGAGCAUAUUGAUCUCAAUGAUUUCUCUAAAGCAGAGGAUAGUUCGCGUAUUGAUCGCGUAAGAAAACUAUUCGCGUGGCAGGCAUCUCACAUUUCGCGUAUACACGAACCUCAUCCUCAAUUGGUGCAUCGGCAUCGACUUAUUUGGAAUCUACCGGACCAAAGUGAAAGCGCAAUGAUGACUACACAACUUUCUUCUUAUAAACGCAGAAUAACCGGGCUUUGCAAUAAGCUAGAUACGGUACUCUCGCGUUUCAAAGAGGAGAAAUUAGAGACCCUGAAGGUUUCGGAUAGUGACCGCACUCCAGGGUAUGAAAGGGAAUGCCAGAAAAAACUCCAUGAAGGACUUGGAGCAAUUGAGGCAUGCACUUCAAAGAUCGAACAAACUUGGCAAGAGUAUGGAAACGCGUUAAGUCAAUUGAAUAGUCCGCCCAAAUCGGAAUCCGACGACUACGAGACGUAUUCCAAUCGAGCCGACGGAGUCCUCAGUGCAGCACUCGACUAUACAGUCAUAUUGGAAGCGAGGUUGCGCGCGUUCAAGGCAAAUAUAGGAGCCAUUCAAGAGGAGAACUACAACAAAGCGGUAGAGUUCCUGAAAGAGAAAUAUGGGAACUCAGAGGAGCUCGUCAGUCGCUUAAUUGACCGCUUGGAAAAAAUCACGUCGCGUUCAUCUUCUAUCAAGGAUCAACGCGUACUUCUGGAGCAAGUCCAAGUCAUAGUAUCGCAGCUUCAGAACAAAGGGGAACAAGUAGAUAGUCACUGGCUUUUGAAGCAAGUUUUGUCAAAAUUUUCAGUUAGUCUGCAAAGAAGAGUCUUGGAAAGGAAGUAUUCCAUGGAGGGAUCCUUUCACAUGCACACUCUUCUCAAAAAUUUGGAGGAUAUCAUCAACAGCGAAGAACAGAUUGAGCUGUAUACCUCCAAAAACCUCACGCCUCCUCUAGUAGAACCUAAGAAGGAGAGAAACCACAAAGGACAGUUUCAACGCGUGGGUAACACUCCGAGUUACUUGUGCAUGUACUGUGGAGCUGACCACAAAUCAAGAGCAUGCACUAAGUACGACACUCCUCAGGACAGAGCGAAAUACCUGAGAGAACACAAA